AUGGCUUGCCUCUAUGUGGUGAUGACAGUAGUGUUGUUAAUGGCAAGUUUUGAAGUUGGUUUGAGUUCAAAUGUGAGAUAUAAUGUGGAGGAGGAGGCAGAUUGGCAGGAAGCUACUGCUACAUGGUAUGGAAGUCCUAAUGGAGAUGGAAGUGAAGGUGGAGCCUGUGGAUAUGGUAGUCUUGUAAAGACUACACCCUUUGGAUCAAGGGUAAGUGCGGGGAGUCCAGAUCUGUUCAAAGGUGGUAAAGGUUGUGGAGAAUGCUAUCAGGUAAAAUGUAAGGAUAACAGAGUAUGUUCACGAACACCUGUGAAUGUAGUCAUUACAGAUGAAUGUCCAGGGUGCCCAUCUAAUCAUUUUGAUCUUAGUGGAACUGCCUUUUCAGACCUGCCAAAAUUUCUAGUCUUCUUAAUGAAGGAAGAGUUCCGAUAUUAUUCAAAAGGGUAUCUUGUGAGUAUUCAGGAUAACUCAGAUACAUGGAAAGGACUCAAACAAUUAUGGGGUGCCUACUGGUCUUUAGAUGAAGAUCCUUUGAAUGCUCCAUUUUCAAUUCGACUAAAAUCUCUUUCUUCAGGAAAGACACUUACUGCAUACAAUGUCAUUCCAAAAGAUUGA